UCCAGCGCUACCGCCGCCAUAAACAAAACACAGGUAUAUGCAAUAGGAUAGAUAUGUUAAUAUCCUUCCUGUUGAGUAUUACUUAGUGCGUCCCGUUCCGGAGCUGAUCUGCCUGCUCCUGAAGACUGCGUCCGAAGUGUACCUUGACGAUGUGAGUGGCGGAACGGCUGACUGCCCCGGUGAGCGCUGACCUGUUGACUGAAAACAUGCUGUGAAGUGCUGGUGCUGUCUAAAAGAACGAAGUCGUUGCUGUCCUGGCAAGUAAACGAAAGUGAAUAGGCUCGUUGGCGGCACACCAAGCCGAGGGGAGGGGAGGUAAACAAAUCGUCCGAAACGGGUGACUGCCGCUUUCACCAUUUCUUGAGCUCCUUCCGCAAUAAGUGUCAUGGGAACAAGACGCCCUAUCGCAUUUGUCGUCUUGACCCAUCAACACUUUCAGGAAUCAACAAUGUCACCAACAACAGCGCUCGCUCUCACAAGAGCCCUUAUUUCGAGAGCCAGGCCGGGACAGCUUACGACCCGCCAACUCUCACACGCUGCCCGUUAUGCCGCGCGCUUUUCUUCAACAGUCUCUGAAUCACUCCUUGCCCGCACUCAUAUCCGUCAUACCCACGGAGCCCUUCUUGUCACCAAAUUGUCAACUGCCUAUACCUUUUCGCGUCUCUUCAGCUCUUCAAAGCAGGAACAAGAAUAUGCCAUCAGCGAAUUGUCCAACGACGAUUACCACAGCGUUUCCGACGCUUGCAUGAAUAGGAUGGUCGAAUACUUCGAGGAUCUGGGCGACGAGCACGAAAUCCCUGGAUACGAUGUUGAAUAUCAGCUCUGGCUAUCAUCGCCAACCACAGGGCCUAAACGAUACGACUACGAUACGACACACAAAACCUGGUUCUACGGCCGCGACCAUCAUUCUUUAAAGUACUUGCUCGACACAGAGAUCUCAGAGGCGACUGGAAUUGACAUUGACGUGCCGCUGGAUGGUCUCGACAAUGAAUAAGCAGCAGGGCGCACGGAGAUCAUACAUGUAUAGAUUAUUGGAGGACAGGACAAGUGCUGGAGAUAACCAAUAAACACUCUUCAGUAACUGAG